UCAAUAAAACACAUUUUGUCGAAAAGAUCGCAAAUCUUUUCGAACAAAAUCUUCCUCUCAAUUAUGAAAAGGGUAUGGUGUAAAUAAUCACAAGCUCUUUUCCCACCAUUGUUUAAUCUCGAUUCGAUUUACAUAACUUUACGCACCUUCAUUAGCACACUGCAGUAAAAGUUCAGCAGCACCGGGCGGGCAGUCUGUGCUCUGAGAUCAACUGGUAAACAACCUUUUUCCUCAUCGGACCCAGCCACCGUGAAGCAAGCUAUCUGACCCGGCAGAAUUGUACCGGAAAGUCAUGCAACCAUGAAAUUGCUUGUGACGAUUGCUUUCACACCGUUGCUACUGCUGUUACUGCUACUGCAGGCUCCAUCAACCAUUGACGGAGCUCCGACGCUGGAUGCCGUGGAAACCCUGAUGAAAACAACGUCGCUAAGCGACUCACCGCACACGGUCGGGACGUUACCGUGGUUCUGCUCCCAGCGGGAUGAAACGGUCCUCUUCCUGGGCUGGCUGAAAUCCGUCGUCCAAGUGUGGCUUCCGCCGGCUCUCUGCUCAUCGGUGAACGCAUCCGGAGGUGAGAGUGCACCCGCGUUGAAAAAUCUAUUUGGCAGCAACAGCGACGUGCCAAAGUGAUGCUAUCUAUCAAGGUUGUGAAAAUGAUUUGUGUUGAAUAAAUGCUCUAUUUUCGAAGGUUUUUUUCUGA